CUGAGUCACUGGACACACCAGUGGACAAUUUCACUUGUACACUGCUCUUAAAUUGUUCUGACAAAGCAGAUCUCAGAGCUCUUUGUGGAUCAUAAAGACCUUUCUGUCUACUCCACUUAAGUUUGUUUUAUGGCCCAUGUGUGGGUCAUAUUUUGAUGACCUGUGAGUCUGGACAUAAAUAACCAGUUCUGGACCUUAAGAUUUUGAAGGUAAAAUCUCUAAGACUCUGCUUUGUUAAAAAUGGACGGUGGGUCUGCUGAUUCUGGUAAUAAGCUUCUCCAUGUGGACAUCCAUAUCGAUGACCUGAAACCUCGGAAAGGAAUCCUGGAGCUCCUCAGAAGACUCCGUCCUCUUUGGAAGGAACAGGACAUUCAGUUAAAGACAUUCACAGACGGAAUCACCAACCAGUUGAUUGGCUGCUACGUGGGCUCUCUCCAGGAGCCUGGUUGCGUUCUGGUGCGUCUGUACGGCAGAAUGACCGAGCUCUACGUGAACAGGGACCGGGAGGUGGAAAUGUUCCAGGUCUUCCACGCUCACGGGUGUGGUCCACAGAUCUACUGCAGCUUCCAGAAUGGCAUCUGUUACGAGUUUGUUCGAGGAACAGUGCUGGAUGAUGAGCUGCUCCGGCAGCCCUCCAUCUACAGAUUGAUCGCAGCAGAGAUGGGGAGAAUCCACUCUAUCCAGCCAAAAUGUGGUCAGCCUGUUGAGCCUCUGCUCUGGAAAAAAAUGUCCCACUUUCUCACACUGGUGCAGAGCAGCAUCAACAGCAGCUCAGCUGAGCAGUGGUGCAAAAAAAGCCCCGUGGCACUACGAGAGGUGCCGAGCAUUGAGACUUUGUCAGAUGAAAUGGAGUCAUUGAGGAGACACCUCUCUCAGAUUGACUCGCCAACUGUCCUCUGCCACAAUGACCUUCUGACAAAAAACAUAAUCUACAACCACAAAGAGGGAAUGGUAAAAUUCAUUGACUAUGAGUAUGCCGAUUACAACUACCAGGCCUUCGAUAUUGGCAAUCACUUCAAUGAAUUUGCUGGUGUGAACGAUGUUAACUACAGCCUCUACCCGAGCCGGGAGCUGCAGAGGGACUGGCUGACGGCCUAUCUGGAGAGUUACAAGCAUAGCUCAGGACGUGAGGUCACCAUUACAGAGGCAGAAGUUACACAGCUCUACAUUAAAGUCUGCAAAUUCUCACUGGCAUCCAACUUCUUCUGGGGUCUCUGGGCCAUCCUGCAAUCACAGUACUCCUCGAUUGACUUUGACUUUCAAAGAUAUGCCAUGGCACGACUCAACUACUACUUUGAGAAGAAAGAGGAAUAUUUUGGAUUGACAAUGAGCUAGACACAGAGGACAAAGGGACAGCUUUUUCUUUUUUUGUCCAAGAAGUGUUCUCAGUGAUGUGGUUGUACAGUAUACGUAAAUCCGCUGUGGAAAUGAAGGCAUAGAAAAAGCUUAUAAAUGUGCUCAACAUUGUUUGUUUUUUCAGCCCGUAGUGUGAGUUAAUAUGUUUUGCUAUCACUGUGAUUUUUAAAAUAUUUGUUUUACCACAGUCAGUAUGCCGAUAAGCUUAUUUGGCAAAUUGAGAUGAAGCUCAUGCCAGAAACACAUUAAUUGUUCCCACAUUUAGCCGAGUCGCAUGAAGCCACAAAAACUGAGCCUGAUCAUAAAACCCAUAAGAGGGUUAUUUGCAUGCUUAUUCAGUGUGUACCACAGUUCUGAUGGAAAACAAGUUUCCAUUUCAACAUAUUUACUCACCAAGUAGUGCAUUAUUUUAAAUCUUUCUCUUUCCAAACGACUAUUGUUGACUAUACUGUAUAGGAUGUUCACCAAUCCUACUAUUCAUGCAUAUUUUAAAAUGUAUUGCAAGUUUUGCAGCAUUAUUUAAGUGCUAAACAGUAUGAAAUGUAAAACAGCAUUUGAUUCUGAAUUAGGUUUAUAGAACAAAAUAUAAAUCAUGUCACAAAUUGCUCCUAAUUUUAGUAGGCAGUGAUAAGCCCUGAGAGCCAGCCAUGUCCAAAUUACCAAACUGUCUCAGCUCCCAGAAAUCUGUCCAAAAUAAAAAGUAUCUUUACUCACUCACUUGAUGAAUGCAAUGUUAAUACAAUUCUCACACCCUUUUCAAAGAAAGACAAACACAACAGCAGCGUAUAGAAUGAAUAAAAGUUUAAUGCUGCUUAACUAUAAGACUGAGUAUUAUCAGUGUUUUAACAACUAAAUGAAACUUGCACAUUGACUUUAUGAGCUCCAGCUGUUUUGUGUUAUCACAGUUCUCUGAAUAGAUUUCUUGGAAGGACAAUGACCACAUCAUGUACGUAUAUUAAUAUGUUUGCACAGUUUAUUUAUUUUUCAUCACUUUUUUACCCAAAGCUUACAGUGAUGAGGACAUACUGUCUGCAUGUGCGCAGGUCAUUAACUUGUCAGUGUCCCGAAUGUUUACUAAAUCAGUAUUUCAGUAAUUCAUAAUAAAGUAUACAGUAUACUGUAUACUGUAACAGUAUAAUUUAAUGCACACAGAAGAGAUUCAUAUGUUUAACACUCAAGGCGGAGAAAGGAACCAAACUACUUGAAAUGAUGAGUUGAAUGAAUGCACUGCUGAGAGUUCAUCACACUGAGUUUCUAAAGAAUCUUCAUUAACAUAUUAUAUAUACAUAUAACACCUGCUGUGAGUCUUGUAUACAUGCUGAGAUAAGUCAUGGUUGUUUCCUUUCAUAAUUUAUGCUAAACCCUAUUCUUAUAGUUUAAUAAGGUCACUGUGAGCAGCCCUGCAUGUUGUGUUUUUAUGGUGCAAAAUUGGCACCAACU